AUGACGACAGAUGAGAACAUCCUCUCUGAUUUGGAAUAUUUACCACCAUUUGGUAAGUCUGAUCAUUUGGUGCUGAAAUCAAGCCUCCAUUUAUUCACAACCAAUCCUCCAAAAUGUACGAAUAAAACCUUCAAACAAAUAAACUAUCACGACCUCAAUCGAGAUCUGGAGAAAAUAGAUUGGCGAAACUUGUUGGUUGGAAAUGUUGAGAGCAUGUGGGGAGCAUUCAUGGAGGUUCUCAACAGUUCAAUGUCUACUAAUACCUCAAUAAAAACAUCUAGACGGAACCCCUUGAAGCCUUGUAUAGGCAGGGAUAUCUUGCAAAUGAUUCGUCACAAAAAGGCAUUAUGGCAGAAAUAUAGACGUCACCUCCGUUCUCAAGAUUAUGAGAAUCACCGGAUUUUCUCUAGGGAGCUCAAGAGUAUGCUAAAGUCGGCGAAGAGGCAGUUCGAAGAUAAGAUAGCUUCAUCACGAGACAGAAAGAAAUUCUACAAAUUCGUGAGGUCCACCAUCAAGACGAAGGUUUCGACGCCCAGGAUUCGUAGAGCUGAUGGAACACUUUGUGAGCUGCAUCAAGAAUCCGCGGAAGUUUUUGCAGAUAGUUUCGAGGCUUCCUUUUCCCAAGAACCAGACGGACCAAUGCCGGGGCUAGGGAUCCCCAGGUGUGUUCCUACCUUUGAUUUCGUGGAGAUUUCUCAGGAUAUGGUGUUGAGACAUCUCUCUGUCCUCAAGGAUUCUUCACCAGGGCGCGAUGGAUUAUCUCCUGCUAUUUUACGAAGAUGUGCGAGUUCACUUGCGUUACCUCUAUCUCUUAUUUAUCAGGAGUCGCUCCGCUCGCAUUGUCUGCCGUCUUCCUGGGUCUCAGCCUCAGUAACACCAAUUUAUAAGAAGGGCGAUAGCGAAUCUGCAGCAAAUUAUCGACCUAUAAGCUUAACAUCGGUUCCAUGUAAGGUAUUAGAGCGGAUUAUACAAGAACAACUACUUAAGUUUGCCCUGGAGAACGGGUUAAUACCUCCAGCACAACAUGGUUUUGUCCCUGGCAGGUCCAUUGCUUUCCUGCGUGAAUGA